ACGUGCAGGUCACUACCCCACCCCUCUUCACUUCCUCUUACUUCCAUUUUCAGGGUCACCAACUCUUCCCCCCAAGCCCCAGCCCUCCACCUCCACCUUCACCUUCACCUUCCUUCUCUUUGUCUCUCCUCUCCCAAAACCUUCACCUGAAUUCAAUUCCUUAAUUUUCAUACAGUCACUUGCACAAAUAGAAACAGUCCUCUAUAGAUAUAUAUAUGUUUUCCUCUCCAAGGUGAGUGUCCUCUAAAUGAAACAACAUAAAUACAGUAGCACCCAUUUCUUCUCUCUCUGUAUUUCUUGCCCUUUGAAUCUCAACCUGAGAAAUAAAGAAAUCUAAUCAAGAAUUUGAUCCUACUUUUCUUUUUUCUUUGUCUUUCUAAAUGGGUGUUUGGUCUCUACUUCUUCUUCUUACAAUCUUCAGCUCUUCUAAUCUCUCAGUAUCAGAUCCAAAUGAUGAAGCAUGCUUAACCCACCUUAGUCAAUCCUUAAAAGACCCGACAAACUCCCUUCAAAACUGGACAAAACCCAAUCUUGCAAACCCAUGUUCUGGUUUUAACUCAUAUCUCUCUGGUGCUACUUGCAACAAUGGCAGAAUCUACAAGCUUUCACUUACUAAUCUCUCUCUUCAAGGCUCAAUAUCUCCUUAUAUUUCCAACUGCACUAAUCUGCAGACUCUUGACCUCUCCUCCAACUCUCUGUCUGGUCCUAUCCCUGCAGAUUUACAAUACUUGGUUAAUCUUGCAGUGCUUAAUCUCUCGUCAAAUAGACUAGAGGGAGAGAUCCCUCCACAGCUUGCAUUGUGUGCUUAUUUGAAUGUGAUUGAUUUUCAUGAUAAUCUUCUCACUGGUCAAAUCCCGCAGCAGCUGGGUCUUUUAGUAAGGUUAUCGGCUUUUGAUGUCAGCAAUAAUAAGCUUUCAGGACCAAUCCCGGGUCCAUUGGGGAACAGGAGCGGGAAUUUGCCGCGAUUCAAUGCCACUUCUUUUGAAGGAAAUAAGGAUCUUUACGGCUACCCUUUGCCUCCGAUGAAGAGUAAAGGUUUGUCUGUUUUAACCAUCGUUGGGAUCGGUUUGGGAAGUGGGUUUGCGAGUUUGGUGCUCAGUUUUACAGGGGUUUGUAUUUGGUUGAAGAUCACUGAGCAGAAAAUGGCCCUUGAAGAAGGCAAGAAUAGCCAGCUUAUGCCUGAUUAUGGAGCUUAAUUUCGCCAUGGAAUUCUUAAGAAUGAAAAAAAAAACAAAAAAAAAAAAAAGAGGAAGAAGAAAAGAAAAAGAUUCCAGGUAUGUUAGGUGUUAUUAAAGAUUGAUCUUGAAAAAACAAAAGUUUGGUAUUUCAUUGAGGUGUGGGCUAAUGCUAUUUUUCUCAGUUGGGGUUAUUUCAACUAGCAGUUGUAUUUUACUGAUUUUGGUGGCUUUUUGUUUUUCCCCUUUCCUUUCUGUCCCUUCCCUUUUAACCCUUUAUUAUAUUAUAUAUCUAUAGUUUUUUUCCUCUCAAACAUCAACAGUGUAUAAAUCAAUUCAAACGAGAAAAUAGUGCAGUUCUUUCACUUGUCAAUCUUAAUGGUGUAAUGCAACAAUCAAUUUAGUGUAAUUUCAUUGCUUCUCUCU